CCAAACAUCAUGGCUUGCUCCAGAAGAACCAAAAGAAUGUUCCCUUCAUCACCAUCAUUAUCAUCCGCAGAGACAAUUGCCAACAACUAUGAUCUCUUAACCCAUAUCCUGCUUUGUCUGCCCAUCAAAUCUCUCCUCAAAUUCAAUUGUGUAUCAAAGCAUUGGCUAUCUCUCAUCUCCAAUCCUCACUUCUACCGCCGCCUUAACCUCUCUGACUCUCCUUGUGCCCUCUUCGUCCAAAAAUGGCCGCGUUCAGACAUCCUUGAAUAUGACUUCAUCAAGCUUGAUUCUGGUCACUCUGAUGCUCCUUCUAAAAAUCUUACUUUUGUUAAUGACCCUUCAGAUAUCAAAAUCAUUCAGUCUUGUAACGGAUUGCUCCUCUGUUAUUGUAAUGAGAUGAGUAACUAUUACAUAUGCAAUCCAACUACGAGGCAAUAUACUAUAAUCACUCCACCAAAGCCAAUUGAUUAUGAAUGUUUUGAUCAUUAUUUAGAUUUUGAUCCUGCCAGAUCACGUCACUACAAAGUUAUAUGUACAUGUCAAUACGAGAUUUCAGAACCUGAUUAUCAUAUAGCAGUUUACUCGUCGAAAACUGGCCUAUGGAGGGUCACAGCUGCAAGUUUCACUUUGGACAACAUGGAUUUUGGAUUCUAUGGUGGGGUCUUCUGGAACGGGGCUAUCCAUUGGUAUACUGAUUCCGGUCCUUCCUUUUGUUUUGAUGUUGCAGAACAAAUACGAGAAAUGCCAAUGCCUCCAAUUCCAGAUGAUUGGUAUCGGAGGAGGGUUAUAUAUUUUGGGGAGUCUGGAGGACAUUUAAAUCUUAUUGAGAUCUAUCAUCAUGCCGCUACACAAUUUAAUGUGUGUGAAUUGGCGAAAGACUACUCAGGAUGGUUUGUCAAAUAUCGCAUUGAGCUUGAAGAAGUUAUAAUUGCAUUUCCUGAGAUGAUUAAAACCCAAUUUGAACCAACAGUGUUGAAUUAUUAUGCAUAUGAAAUUUGGUGUAUUGUUAGAGGAGAAAGCGAUGAGAACUCCUACAUGGUGCUGCAUAUGCCUGCAAAAAUUAUACGGUAUAACUUGAAGGGUAAAAGUUUCAAGAAGCUUUGUGAUUUUCCUCCAGACAGCGGUGCAACUGGUUUUCACGAGGAUGCUAUGAACUUCAGGUGGGGUAAUGCUUAUACGUACAUUAGAAGCCUUGCGCCUGUUUGAUGGCAUAUUUUGUUGGUGGUGUCUAGUCUGGGUGAUUGGUCUUCUUGUUCUUGUGGUUUGUUAGAGUCUUUGUUCUCAGGAUGGAUGACUACAGAAGUAAU